AUGGGUUAUUAUUUAGCUGACAGUAUAUAUCCAAAAUGGUUUACAAUUGUGCAAACCAUUCAUGAGCCACAAUCUCAAAAGAAGAAAUAUUUCGCGACGAAACAAGAAUCAUGUCGAAAAGAUGUUGAACGUGCAUUCAGAGUUUUGCAAUCUCGUUUUGCAGGGCCAUCGCGUUUUUGGAGAAAAGAAGUGCUACAUGAUAUAUUAACAUCAUGUAUUAUACUGCACAACAUGAUAAUCGAGGAUGAGCGUGAUCUUAAUGCACCAAUUCAAGAUGCUUGGGAAGGUCCAACUCUAACAGUAGAAAUGGUAGUAGAUGAAAAUUAUCGAUUUGAACAAUUUUUAGCUCGACACAAAAAAAUUAAGAACAAAGAUGCUCAUUUUGCACUUCGUAAUGCAUUAGUAGAGCAUUUAUGGGAGCAACGUACUAAUCAUGGAAGUUGA